UUUUUAAGAUUUAUAUUUAACAUUAUAUAUUUUUAGCAUCAUAAGAGUAUAUAAAAUAGUGUUGAAGCCUUAACCUCUGGUUAACUUUCCGUUAAUUUUGAUUUUCUACCAUUACAAAGGGAGAACUGCCCUAAUAUAAGUACAGUACAGAAAAGAUUCAGCCCUGGUUUUUGAGUGUUAAUUUUAAGAACAUUUUCAACACUGCAAACUCGUGGCAAGCUGUAAUGUCUGUCAAAUAUUUUCCAAGAAUAAAAGCAAUAUAAUGGAGUCCUGUCGCACUUGCGGGAAUAAGUUUUCCCUUGUCCCGGACACGGAUCAGGUGAAGCCCAUAAUCGCUAUGGACGAGAUCGCAGAGCAGUUAACCGCUUGGAAAAUGCAGGUGGCCCGGGAGGACGGACUUCCGCAGUACAUGUGCACCGCGUGCCUUGCUGAGUUUCAAACGGUGCUAAAGCUUAAAAGCAGCUGCCUGGACACUCUGGCAAAGUUCGAUUAUAUGAGAUCGCUGGAGCUAUAUGUCGCGCCGCUGAAUAAGCCUAUGCAUCGCGAUCGCACUAUGCAGGGCAGUAUGGAUAAUCUGGACAUUUACGACGUUCAUUUGUAUCACGAGCCGAAGGCCUGGAAGUGCCAGAUCUGCGCCAAGCAAUUCCCUAGUAACCAGGAGGCGCGCUUUAAGUUCCACAUGAAGUGGCACCAGAUGCGGCGGCGCUUCAAGUGUCCUAUGUGCAGAUUCUCAUGCAGGGCCAAGGAGAAUCUCAAAGCCCACAAACUAGAGGUCCACGCGUUUGUUAAGUGCAGCUCCUGUGGCAAAAAAAUGAUGAAGCACUUGCUCCACCGUCACUUCAAUAAGCAUUUGAAAGAUUGCAAGCCGAAAAAGGCCAAAAAGAUGAAUUUACUGCUGCAACAAGCCGCUGCAGAGGCUACUGCUGCAGUUAAUUCAAUUCCAAAAGCACCUACUGUGGCUGUGGCAACUCCAAGACGAAAAGCAGCACCAUCUCCUAUGGCACCCAGGCGAUGGUCUCUUAGAGUGGCCUCAGCUACUCGUGGGAGCUCCAACGGUCUUCAACCCAGCAAGGACUUGGACCGUAAGACCGAACUAGGACAACACGGAGAGCAAGACACGAUGCCGCGAAUCUAAGGUGCUUGGAUUAAUCCUUAGUUUUUGCAUACAUAUUUAUC